UACUGUGUGGUGGUGGGCGCGGGAGGGUGUGCGUGUGUGUGGUCUACGCUGCUUCACCCUGUCCAGUCGUAACUAAAAUCUGUAUGUGUGUGUCACGUCAUCCUCGUCAACGUGCACCUCAAGUGUGUUGUGGUGGUGGAGGUCUAGUGGCAACAGUAGUGGUGGUGCUCUUGUGUGGAGGAUAAGGUAGUGUUAGUUCCUCACCGGCCUGGAGGAGGACUGUGGUGGGAGGGUUCACCUGUGGACAUAAGAGUCACCGCCGCCUGCUACUGUAAACCGGGGAUGGAGGGCACGCAGAAGGUUUGGGUGAGUGACCAGACUCAUGGGUUCAUCCAGGGUAACAUCGUUGACCUGGCCAGUGAAGGGGUUCUCAUUCAGCCCAUCUCCCGAGGAUCCAAGCCCAUCACUGCCGACUAUGACAGACUCUUCCCGUCAGAGGAGGAUGACAGCAAGGAGGUGGAUGACAAUUGUGCCCUUAUGUACUUGAAUGAGGCUACGCUCCUCAACAACAUCAGACUCAGAUACAACCGUGACAAAAUCUACACGUAUGUGGCCAAUAUUGUGAUAGCAGUGAAUCCCUACAUCGACAUCCCCAAGCUGUACGCGCUAGACACCAUCAGACAGUACCAGGGCAAGUCUUUGGGCCAGAUGCCUCCCCAUGUCUUCGCUAUUGCUGACAAAGCCUUUCGUGACAUGAAAGUUCUGAAACAAUCUCAGAGUAUCGUCGUGUCAGGAGAAUCUGGAGCAGGAAAGACAGAGUCCACUAAGUACAUCCUGCGGUACCUGUGUGAGUCCUGGGGGUCCAAGGUCGGCCAUCUAGAAGCUAAGAUUUUGGAUGCCAAUCCCGUUCUGGAGUCGUUCGGUAACGCCAAGACGACCCGUAACAACAACAGCUCUCGUUUCGGCAAGUUCAUCGAGAUCCACUUCAACGAGAGACACUCUGUCGUGGGAGGGUUUAUAUCACACUACCUGCUGGAAAAAUCUCGUAUUGUUGUUCAAGGUCCUCACGAGAGGAACUACCACGUAUUCUACCAGCUCUGUGCCGGCGCUCCGGAACAGUUGAGGCAACAGUUAAAGCUCGGCACUCCAGACCAGUACAACUAUUUGAGGAAGGGCUGCACUCAGUACUUCUGUAGCAAGGACACAGAGAAGACUCUAGCAGCCAACAGGAAGAGCUCCAACCACCAGAAGAAGGGACCACUCAAAGACCCCAUCUUGGACGAUGUGCGGGACUUUGCCUCCAUGGACAAAGCUUUGGGUAACUUUGGUCUGAAUAACCAAGAGCGAUUGGCUAUAUACACCACCGUGGCUUCCGUUCUUCAUCUGGGAAAUAUUAGUUUUGAAGACAACCCAGAGGACACAAAAGGAGGCUGUAUGGUGUCUCCAGGCUCUGAGGGCUCCUUAAAGACGGCCGCUGCACUCAUGGGCAUGGAUCCCUCGGAGCUCAACCAGGCGUUAUUAUCUCGUGUCAUGCAGACCAGCAAGGGUGGACUGAAGGGCACUGUUAUUAUGGUUCCUCUCAAGACCUACGAGGCCAGCAGUGCCCGUGAUGCACUGGCCAAGGCCAUGUACAGCAAGAUGUUCGACUACAUUGUUCACCGCAUCAACCAGAGCAUCCCGUUCUCCUCCUCAUCUUACUACAUCGGCAUCUUGGAUAUUGCUGGCUUUGAAUACUUCCCGGUGAACAGCUUUGAACAGUUCUGCAUUAACUAUUGUAAUGAGAAGCUACAGAUGUUCUUCAACGAGCGCAUCUUGAAGGAGGAACAAGCUCUGUAUGAGAAGGAAGGACUCGGUGUACGCAAGAUCUCUUAUGUCGACAACCAGGACUGUAUUGAUCUGAUUGAAGCGAAAGGCUACGGCAUCAUCAGCCUGUUGGACGAAGAGAGCAAACUGCCCAAGUCCUCGCACUCUCACUUCACCGCCGCCGUCCACAACAACCACAACAAUCACUUCCGGUUGGCUCUACCCCGCAAGAGCAAGUUGAGGGACCACAGAGAAAUCAGGGACGACGAAGGGUUUCUUAUUAGGCAUUUUGCUGGUGCCGUGUGCUAUCAGACGGCACAGUUUUUGGAGAAGAAUAAUGAUGCUCUUCAUGCAUCACUCGAAGCUCUGGUCCAGGAGGCUCAGAACAAGUUCAUCCGGGGUCUGUUCGCCGCCUCUGGGGAGAACCAAACGACUCGGGGCAAAUUGUCUUUCAUCUCCGUAGCUUCCAAGUUCAGGUCGCAGCUUCAGGAACUGAUGGACAAGUUAUCCGGCACGGGAACCAAUUUCAUCCGAUGCAUCAAGCCAAACGUGAAGAUGGUGGAUCACCAGUUUGAAGGAGGACCAAUUCUAUCUCAGCUUCAGUGUUCAGGAAUGACCUCAGUCCUGGAACUGAUGCAGCAGGGCUUCCCAUCCCGUGCACCUUUCCACGACCUCUACAGCAUGUACAAAAAAUAUCUACCUUCCCAACUCGCCAGACUUGAUCCUCGUCUCUUCUGUAAGUCACUAUUCAGGGCUCUUGGUCUGGACGACAGGGACUUCAAAUUUGGCAUGACCAAGGUCUUCUUCCGACCUGGCAAGUUUGCUGAAUUUGACCAAAUGAUGAAGAGCGACCCAGAGAACCUCCAGCUGCUGGUGUCCAAGGUGAAGAAGUGGCUCCUGCAGUCACGGUGGAAGAAGUCACAGUGGUGUGCUCUCUCUGUCAUCAAGUUGAAGAACAAGAUCCUGUAUCGCCGUGAACAACUUAUAAUCAUCCAGAAGAACGUAAAGAUGUACCACGCCAGGAAGAAACAUCGGCCACGCUACUUGGGUGUCAUCAAGGUCAAGGGCCUGCAGGGUCAGCUGCAGCAGAUGUUGGGUAUUGUGAAUCAGUUGAGGAAAGAGAAGGACUCAUCUCUCGCAACAGUGAAGAAGCUGGAGGGUAACAUGGAGGCCACCAUCAAGAAAAUAAAGGGAACGGUCAUGACCCGAGAGCAGAUCGACAAGGAAGUGAACAACCUCGUGAACUCGUUGAAUGCCGAGCUGAGUGUCUUACAUAAGAAACUCCUACAACAGAAGAACGCAGAGGAGCAAGAAAGACUACGUCAUAUACAAGAAGAAAUGGAGAGGGAGAGAAAGAAGAAGGAGGAGGAGGAGAGGAGGAGAAGAGAAGAUGAAGAUAUUAGGAAAAAGAAAGCCGAGAUGGAGUUGAGACGCAAACAUGAAGAGGAACUACGUCAGAAACAGGAGGAGGAGGACCGUCGUGCAGCAGUGGCUUUACAGGUCCAGCUGGCCAAGGAGGCGGCCGAGACAGAGCACCUCGCCCAACAGGAGGAGCAGGAGAAGAGGGAUCACGAGCUGGCACUUCGUCUGGCCAGCGAGACCAACUCGGCCGUGGAUGACAUCGCCCCGUCUCUCAAGAGCUCGUUAAAUGGAGAUCCCAGCCAAUUGUACAAGUUGAAAAGAUCCACCAUGGUCGAGAAGCAGCGGCAAGAAGCGGCCAACAAGAAGUAUGAUCUUAGCAAGUGGAAAUAUGCCGAACUACGAGAUACAAUUAACACGUCGUGUGACCUUGAGCUGCUAGAGGCUUGUCGGAGUGAGUUCCACCGCCGCCUUAAGGUCUACCACGCGUGGAAAGCAAAGAAUAAGAAGCGCACCACCAUGGAGGAGAACCAACGUGCCCCCAAGUCUGUUCUUGAUGCAGCGUGCAAUGUGACGUACGUUACAGAAAAUGAGCAAGUCUGCCGUGUGGUCGGUUACGUAAAGAAAGCCAAGGCCAACCCACCACGUGUGACCCCCAAGGUAAGCACCCCAGGAAGCGCCAACACCCAGCGAUACUUCCGUAUUCCCUUCGUACGACCCAGUGACCAGCACCGCGGUGAACAGCAGCAGAAGGGCUGGUGGUAUGCUCAUUUUGACGGUGAUUGGAUUGCUCGUCAGAUGGAGUUACACCCUGAUAAACCUCCGAUCUUGCUUGUGGCAGGCCGAGAUGACAUGCAGAUGUGUGAGUUGAGCCUGGACGAGACGGGACUAACCAGGAAGCGCGGUGCAGAGAUCCUCGAUCACGAAUACGAAAAAGAAUGGAGCCGCCACGGAGGGAAGUGUUACGAGCCUCCAGUUGGUAGAAAACGUUAAUGGAUGAGAUGAGACGACCUACAGUCGGUAGUAAAAGAUGUUACCCUGAAUUUUAUUAACAUUAUAGAUAUGUUUUUUAUUCUAAAGAUGUUAAUUAUCUGUGAAUCUUGAGAUUUUAUUAUAUUCAUAAAAUAUAAAUAUUAUCAGACAACAAAUUGGCAAAUAUUAUAUAAAAUUAUAGUUUUUUUCUCUCACCUGUAGAUAUUGCAGAAAAUAUACAGGUACUGUAUGUAAUUUUGAUAGCAGUGUUUUUUAGAAAUUAUUGAGUGUUGGAGUAUGUACAUGCUGAUGUAUCCACCUCAAGGUUAACUGCUUGGUAUUCCUAGCUGGUUCAGAAGAAAGAAGCAUAAACUAUUUAGCUAAGAAGUGCGGUAGCUAAUACUGCAACACGCAGCUUGGUUCAGGGGAGGUGUGAGACAAACAUAGUACUGUACUGUACAUGGAAAGGAAUUUUCCCUCAACAAAUGGAGGUAUUGUAGUGGAUAUUCUCCCCCACAGUAUCUUGUCAGUUUUCUUAAUUUAUCUUAUUUACGUUGUAUAUCUGUGCAUUGAGAAAGUUGGAAGACGUACGCAGUCAGCUUUAACCAUCAGGGAAAACUAGUACAGUAAUAACUGAAGUUUGUAAUAAUUUGAAGAAAAGAUUAAAUGGAAAUAAAAAAAGUGUCCAUAUCAUUGAUGGUAAUUAAGGUGAAGGUUUAAGGUGCUCUGAUGACCCGACCUCACCAGUGUCGGUGCCCAAUCAUAAACUGCCUGUACAGCCUUAUGUUUAAUAUUAUACUGUACUGUACACAACACCAGUCGGGCUAUUUUUGUAAUCAGUCGAGUUUUCCAGCUAGACAUUUUCUUCCAUUUGUGAGUGAGAAAGAUUAACUUAUACACAGACAAGUUGAUUUUGUCACAGAGUAAAUACUUUGUUAUAAUUUUCUAAUACAGGCAUUUACAAAAAGUGUUUAAUGGGGCUAAGCAUUUAUUAUGCUUCCAUGGUUUGAGUAGCUACAGGCAGUGUAAUUUAGGAUAUAAGGAAUUGUUUGUGUCAUCACUAGAAGGAUAUCUUGUCAUCAGCUGCUAGAAAGUUAAACAUUACCAAAAGUUCAAAUAUUAUUAUCAGGUGUCCUUUCUGAUGGAGAAUUGAAGUGCCAACAUUGACAAGAAGUGUUUGGCCAUGAACCAAAUACUAAUUGGUAGCUACAUGUUGAAUUGGUACAUGAUGGAAGGGCAUUACAUAUAAAAAUGGUUUCUAAUCAGAGAAUUGGUUUCUAAACAUGAUUUAAUUCCUAGCAGUGACUCUUACAAUUGUAUCAGUGAUGGCAUUAUCAAAUGCUGUGUAAUAAGUUAAUAGACAUUAACUUUUUAUAUGAAAUUUUUGAUGGAAUAAAUGUUGUGAUAUUUAUUGAAAUUUACAAUAUUUGGGAUGGUGCAGCUGAGUUAAUACUUGUGAUGUACUUUAGGCAGGCUUGGCAGUGUUAUUGCUUUGGUUUAAAUCCCAUUUUCUUGAUGCCUGAUUUGACCUUCUGCCCAAUGUCAUAAAAGGCUGAUGUAUUGUUUUGUGAGGUCAAUCUUAGUCAUCAUCAAGUAAUUAUUAAGAUGAUAUAUUUCAGAUGUAUAUUUGUUGCCUCGAGUCUUAUCAAGGAAAUGGGAAUGGGCUGCCAUUGGUCUUUUUUUCCUUAUAAUUCAUUACAAUAUCAUUAUUUUAUGCUUUCUUGUAUAUUCCCUCAAUACAGGAGAACCUCAGUAAUUUGGAAGUGAUUAAGGUGUAAUUAUUUGUGAAAACAAAGUAAAGUAGCAAAUUGAACAGUGUUUAUUAUAAUACUGUAUGAUAAUUAGUGUGUAGACAUGUCCCCAUCAGCAAGGUGGUGGGUCUGUCAACUGUUAUAUCCACCUUGUUCAUUGUGAGGUGCAGCACACCACAGUACAGUACCUCAUAACUUGUAUCAAAAUAUUUAAUCCUGUUUCCAGAAGUAAAGGACUCUUGAAUAUUACAAAGUGUUAAAUACUGUACAUCACUGGGAAAAUACAGUACAUUGCAAAAUUAUCCAACAACAAUAAAGCUAAAUGCUAUUUUGUAUUGUAAUAAUACUUUAUUUAUUGGAUCCACAAGUGUUUAUUUAAUUAGCUUUAUAUAUAGGUGAAAAAAAAAAUAUUUUUUCUUAAUACUGUAGUGCAUAUAGGACUUAUUUCAGCAAAUUACUGAGGUUUUGCUGCAUAUACAGGUUUAGGCUCCUGUAUGGAGACAUUAGUCAUUCCGUUGUCUGGUCCAUCAUGCAAUAAUCUAAUUAUUUUGUAUCUCUGAAACUGAGUCAUUCCUUAUAUUUGUCAUAUAUAUAAUCCCUGAUACUGUAUUGUACUGUAUUUCAAAUAGACAACAUAAAUUACAGCCAUACUACAGUACUGGGUGUAAUGUCACUUAAGGUCAUUCCUAAAGUUCCUUAAAAGUUUUUCUUUUAUAAGUUUAAUUUUGAAAUUUAUCUUAAUUUUUUUCUUCAGAAUUCCUUAGAUUUAAGUUAAUUGAGUUAGACAUUAAGAGCUGGCAGGACACUCACGGCUGCUGCUCCUGUAUGGAUUAUGGAAUUGGUUUUCUGAACACUAAAACAUUUAACUUGACCAUAAUAUGAGCAUCAUCACUAUGGUUUGUCCUGACUCGUUAUGAAUAUCAGCCACAAGAUGUCUGACCCCGAGUUGUGAAUACUUAAUCCCUCUGAUUUUAUUUUUUUGUAAUUUACAGAACAGGUUGAUGAUGAAUUUGUUGCAACUUUGAGACAUGUGUUGUUGUAAUUGACUUGCAACUGUGGACACUCUGCCACAUAUUGUUUCUCACGUCAAGACUUACGUUACGUUAUACUGUGCACCCCAAAAAAAAAAAAAUCCUGCAAUUUUGAAUUUGCUGUUGACUUUUUUUUAUCAUAUUUUUUUAAUGUUUUAUGGUACACCCAUUUUGUGAUGUCUUAUUUAAUAUUUCUUUAUUUAAAUGACAUAUAUUUUAUUAUGUUGUACUGUACAUGUUCCUUAUAUAUGGUUUAUUUAGAAAGUGUCUUGAUGCUUCAUUGUUUAUGCUUGUGAACACAUUGCAUAGGUCAACUUCAGCUAAAAAAAAUUUACUCCUCUGUAGGCAGCACAAAUGGGUUUAAAAUUUUACUAUCAUAAUUUGUCUUAAAUUACAGAAUGUUUAAACAGUGUACAUGUGUAUGAGUUGCUUAUAUUACCAGAUAUUCAUGAAUAAAGAUGCAAGUUAAC